CCGUGACCUAAAGAUGGCAAAGGGAGACUCUAGCAAGAAGAUCAUGCAGCCUUUGACUGUUGAUCACACGAUCCACGUCCAUAAGAUCGUGCACAAGCAGACCUUUAAGAAGCGUGCUCCUAAGGUCGUUCGUGCCAUUAAAGCCUUCGCCCAGAAGCAGAUGAAGACAGAGGAUGUCCGUAUCGAUACCAAGCUCAACAAGUUCAUCUGGUCUAAGGGUAUCCGCAACAUUCCUCGCAGAGUCCGCGUACGUCUGUCCCGUCGUCAGGCCGAGGAGGGUGAGGAGAUGUACACUCUUGUGCAGUAUCUUCCCGUCCAAAGCUUCGAGGGUCUCCAGACCGAGGUCGUGAGCGCCUAAGUUCCCUACUCCAGGCAGGAUCACCGUCGUUGAGAGCAGCAACAUCCUGUUAUAAUUCUUUAUGCAUCGCUAACUUUGUUCCUGCUUUGAAAGGAGGUUUACCAUUGUUGCUAUGCUGUUGGAUCAUAUCGAGGGAUGAUUGUCCUUUAUCGUCGGUCUUCGUCCAUCGCCUGUGAUGACAGUGAGCUUCUCCAUCUAUUGGUUACGGGAACA